GUUACUAUUUUUGUGUUAUUAGUUUAUUGUUAAAGUGAAAAGGAGAAAGGAACAGUUUUAGAAUUUUAUCAAAUAUCAAGCAAAAAAGGAAGGAAAAGUAUUAGUAUAAAUUAAACAAGCAGUUAGUGUUUGGUGCCACUUGUCAUACUGUGUAUAAGCAUAAAAAAUUGUUUUACCAAAAAUAUGACAUAGUCUAACAUGUCAGAUGUACAGGAAGGACACCUACACCUGCAUCUUGUGUCUAUAUGAGACAACAAGGCGUGAUUGUUAAAAGAAACUUGCGUCAUUGGUACCCCAAAAAAUAAAGACAUCGAUGCUGAGAAAUCCACCGAGGAAAUAUUCCAUCUUUACACGGAACUCUUUUCAGCUACCAACUCCUAUAUAUGACCAUGGCCCAGCCCGAUAUAUUAGUUGAAGUGGACAUAAACGAAAAGCUGCAACCCAUACAGAAAAAAGCAUUUUUUUGUACACUAUGCGACUACAGUACGGAUUAUCGCAGCAAUUUGACAGUUCACCAGGUGAACAUACACAAUAAGAGAACCGGCACCCUCGAGUGUUGCGAUAUUCUUUUUUCGGACAAAGAAGCAUAUCAACAGCAUGUGACAAAAUUUCACCCUCGAAGAUAUCGGUGCAAAAUCUGUGAUCAGAGAUUUUUCAACUCCUCCAAGCUUCGACAGCACGAAAAAUCAUGUGCCAAAGUCAAGAAUUUCACCUGCAACAUUUGUGACUACACUACUUUAAGUCGAAAGGCGCUCCAGGAGCACAAUCUAAAGGUUCACCAAACUGAGAGGAAUCCGGAUCUGAAGCCGUCCUCUUCUUCAUUAAAAAUUCCUUUCAAGAUCAAAUUGCACAAAUGCACCGACUGUUCGUUCAAAACAAAAUGGCCGAAUAGUUUCAAACGGCACAUGGACUCUGGGCACAAGAUAAUUUACAAUUGUUGUGACAGUCGUUUUUCAAGCAAAAAGCUAUUGUACCAGCACAAAUUAGCUUUUCACGCGAAAAAGUUCUCGUGUUCAAACUGCGCAAAAAAAUUUAGCAGUCUUUUACUUCUGCAACGCCACCAGAUCACACAUUUUGAUCAGCAGACAUUCAAGUGCAAUUUCUGCGAUUACGUCAGCUUAUGGAAUUCAACUUUGAAUUCACACAUAGCAAAGAAACAUCCAGACAUCUCUACCUCAUCGUUGUUGGAAGGCCAGCCAGACCAGCGCAGCCACUUGCCCGUCAACGAUGAUGUUUCUGAUGAAUGUGGUUCUUCUACAGAGAACGAAGCUGCUUCUGCUGUUUCAUCGGUUCGAUUGCUCCAGACGCCACGAAAGCAAGAGCCUGACAAAAAAGCUGAAUUCAACAAUGAAGAUAAACUAGCUACGGCAAGUAGGAAGCAGUAUAGUAGGAAGCGUAAUUCUGCCAACUCCAUUGACGGUAAAGAGAACUUGGAUCUUAGUGAGAUAUGCGAUGCUAGUAAGAACGACGGCGGUGCUGUAGUUGAAGAGCAGCUAAAUUUUCAAAAAAGAAUAAUCUUCAUAAGGAGAAAAAGCCCGAGGAAAAAGCAAAUGGAUGCGAAAUGUCCAUCGACUUCGAAAGCCGAUUCAUCCAUCCCAUCUUUGUUGGAUCGGUCACCUUCUCUUACCGAUCGUCAUUCCAUUGAGUCGGCUUCUCGCAACGAUUCCAAUUGCGAAAUUGUUGAUAAUUCCAACCGUCUGUUACUUUUGGAUUCUGAUUCCGAUGAAGAAGCCAAUCCUUCGGUUUUACAAACAUCAUCGGUUAUGAAUGAAUCUCAACCCCUUCAAGCUGAUUUGAAAGGAGAGGAAGGGAAUUCACCGAAGAAGGCUACUAUAUAUUCCUGCACGCAGUGUCAUUAUACUACGAUAUGGCGCGCGUCUCUGAAGCGGCACAUGAAGGUGCACAAAAGUGAAAAAAUUAACAGUACACCAACAAAAUUGUUGUUGACCCCGGCGCCCCAACCAAAAUUAUCAUCUAAAUCGGUACAAGGAACAAUGAUAAGUUGUUCUCUUUGUCCAUACACCACGAAAUGGCCAGGAAAUCUACAAUCGCACGUUGCCAAGAUACACGGUGUAAAGAAAUUUAAAUGUUCAGUCUGUCCUCAAGAAUUUAACAGCCCAUACAUCCUCAGAUAUCACCAGGCUGUCCAUUCUGAAAAUGACCUAUUCAGAUGUAGCAUUUGUGAAUUUACCACUUCACGUAAAGGUUAUCUCAAGAUACACGUGGCUAAGAAACACAAACGCAAAGACCAGCAUUCGCUGACAUUGCCGAUGGACCGGGAUCCUAUGGAGUCAUCGAUCCUCAAAAAUUCUGUUGGCCAACUUCAACCUGCACUAAACUGGGUGGUAGAUAACCUGCCGCUCAACCAGACUGAAAACGAAAUAAGUCUGAAUGGAGAAAGCUAUGUUGAUAGGUCUAUUUUGGAAUCCGGUCACUCUUUUUCACCUCAGUCCAUUCCGUUACCACCGAGUGCAGUACGACGAAGUGGACGUCUGGGUAUCGAGCAAGCAGCGUCUUCUAAGAAAGCUUCUAAUUGCCAGCUAUUCCCUCCUGGGUCGAAAAUGGCGAUAAGCCCAAUCCAUGACGAAGCCCGUCAAUUAAGAGCACAAAUAUCGCUAGCAAUGACCGUGUCGGCUGUACUGCCUCUUCUCCAACGUUUAUUAGAAAUGUCGUGUUACCUCGCAAACCUAAUUCGUGAAUCAACGGAGGCCGAUUUCCGUUGUCACUCCAUCGAAUCCUUCGAAUACGUAUGGAACACUACCAAAAUAGCUGUUGUCCGUUGGGAAGAUCUGAAAGGCUUGACGAAUCAAGACACUUCACUAAAUGCUGUCCGGUACGCCUACGGAACACUCCCUCUGUUUAGCAACUGGGAGAAGCUUGAUCACCUCGAAAUGUUGGGAAACGUCAUUCUCUUAAUCAUAAACACCGUGAAAAAUUCGCAAUCUCUAUCGCCGAAUAAUUCUGAGUUCAGAUUUCUGAACACAAAUUUAUCCUUUCAAAGAACAACGAAUGCUUCAUGCCGAUCAUCUAACAAUGAAUCAACAUCGACGAAUCAAGUUGAGAAGCGAAAUGUCGCUUCUGUGGCAGAAGGGAUAUUGACAAAGGCAGCAAAUGUUUCGGCCGUCGAUCCGUCGAAAGAGAAUAAUGUGGCCAAUUUGAAAGAAUUUUGUCGAUUGGCCAACAUAGCGAUGUGGCAAAACACGAAAUGCCGAACAAGAAAUGGCUGUAGGGAUGAUAAUGGUGACUACCAUAGCAUGUAUCGUUAUGGAAUUGGGAAAAUUCUUGGUCUUUAUUGCCCAGCUGAUGUAACACAUCUCAAGUGCUGUGGGAAGGUGUUUGAUCUCCGCGAAAUGAAAACUCAUGUGAUUCAAUACCAUAAAACUGGCCAACCUGGACGAACGAAACCAUCUAUUUCGCCUGCCUAGAUCCACGUUCUGCUAACUAAUAUUAACAUACUGACUUAAUUGUUUUAUUUUUCCCGCGAAAGUGUGAUUUUCAUUCGUAAUUUAAUUUUAACCAGCAUGAACAUGAACCAUGUCCAUGUAGAAUUACCAUUUUAGAACGACCUCAUCAAUAAAUUACUCCUCAGAA